CUUCCAAUUUUAGAAGGCUGGAGUAAUGGUGCUGCAGCCGGUGGAAUGCCGGCACCUACUUACAAUCCGUAUCCUGCACAGCCGGACUACUGUGCCGCUUGGGCUGAAUAUUACCGACGUCAGAAAAUGCAAGGAUAUGUGGACGCUACACAAUGGCAGACCCAACAGCAACCUGCGGUAGUCGCUGCCGCUCCAGUCCCACAACAGGCGGCCCCUGGGAUGCACCCAUCUCAGGCUGGAAUGCAUCAAGCUCAGGCUGGAAUGCAUCAAGCUCAGGCUGGAAUGCAUCAAGCUCAGGCUGGAAUGCAUCCAGCUCAGGCUGGAAUGCAUCAAACUCAGGCUGGAAUGCCGACCGCUCCUGUUCUUUCCGCCUAUCCAGGCCAACCCGCUGCUCCAGGGCAGGUGAGUGUUCUCGCUGACUUUGCUCUUCACUUCACUUGGGAAGGCGAGCUGAAGGGUUUCUACGACUAUACUCAGUGGCAAUGGCAAUGGCAAGCUUGGCAGCAGGCCUGGCAACAGCAGCAACAACAACCAGGACAACAGUCUGCUGCACUCGGGGCUCCUCCCACUCAGGCACCACAGCCUGCUGGCCAAUAA